AUGUAAAAUAAUCCAUAUCCUACAUCUGAACUCAGCAUAGAAGGACAAGCAUUCAAAUUUUACAAUCUGGUUGAAUUAUUCGGUGAUAAAGUAACAAGAUUGCCAUACUCAAUAAGAAUAUUGUUGGAGUAAGCAGUCAGGAAUUGUGAUGGAUUCAAUGUCAAAAAGGAGGAUGUCGAAAGAAUAUUGAAUUGGGAAGAAACAUCAAAAAAAGACACAGAAGUAGCCUUCAAACCUGCAAGAGUCAUAUUAUAAGAUUUUACAGGUAUCAAUGAUAAUUUAUAUACAACUUUUAGGUGUUCCCUUGGUUGUUGACUUGGCAGCCAUGAGAUCAUAGGCUCAAGCCAUGGGUAAAGAUCCACAAUUAAUAAAUCCUCUAUGUCCAGUAGAUUUAGUGAUCGAUCAUUCUGUACAGGUGGAUUUUCAUGGAAAUUAAAAUGCUAGAGAAUAAAAUGAAUAGACAGAAUUUGAGAGAAAUCUAGAGAGAUUUAGAUUCUUAAAAUGGGGAAGCUCAGCUUUCAAGAAUUUUGAAAUAGUACCACCAGGAAGUGGAAUUGUACAUUAAGUGAAUUUGGAAUACUUAGCAAGAGUGGUCUUUGAGAAGGAUAGUCUCUUGUAUCCAGACUCAGUAGUGGGAACAGACUCUCAUACAACUAUGAUUAAUGGAUUGGGAGUCUUAGGUUGGGGAGUAGGUGGAAUAGAAGCUGAAGCAAACAUGUUAGGUGAAUGCACAAGCAUGGUACUUCCAUAAGUAGUAGGAUUUAAACUGACUGGAUAAUUGAGUGCUCAUAUUUCAGCAACAGAUUUGGUAUUGACAUGCACUGAGAUGUUGAGAAAGAAAAAAGGUAUAUCAAAUUGAAAUAUAAUAAAGUUGUGGGAAAAUUCGUUGAGUUUUAUGGUCCAGGAGUAUCAACUUUGUCUUUGGCUGACAGAGCAACUGUCUCAAAUAUGGCCCCAGAGUAUGGAGCCACUAUGGGUUUCUUCCCAGUUGAUAAUAAAACUAUCGAUUACUUGAAACAAACAGGAAGAAGUGAAGAGAAAUGCAACUUAAUCACCUAAUAUUUGAAGGCAGCCCAUCUAUUUUAUGAGGAAAGUCAAACAACUUUUAGUGACACUUUAGAAUUAGAUUUAUCAACUAUUCAACCUUGUGUUGCUGGACCAAAGAGACCAUAAGAUAGAGUUAAUCUAAGUUAAUUGAAAUAGGAGUUUACUUAAGGCUUAACAGCCCCAGUUUCCUUUAAGGGAUUCAAUGUUAAAGCUGCUUAAGAUGUUGAGUUUUAAUAUCAAGGGUAGAAAUACAGUUUGAAUCACGGAUCUGUUGUCAUCGCAGCUAUCACAUCAUGUACAAACACUUCAAAUCCAGGAGUCAUGUUGGCUGCUGGUUUAGUGGCUAAGAAGGCUGUCUAAGCUGGAUUAGCAAUAAGACCAUACAUUAAGACAUCAUUAAGUCCUGGAUCUUAAUGCGUUACACAAUAUUAUAAAGCAGCAGGAUUGGAUGUGUUUUUGGAUUAAUUAGGUUUCCAUAAUACAGGAUAUGGUUGUAUGACUUGUAUCGGUAACAGUGGACCAAUCGAUCAAGCUGUGAGUGAAACUGUUUCUAAUAAUGAUUUGGUUGUAGCUGCAGUUCUCUCAGGAAACAGAAACUUUGAAGGGAGAGUGCAUCCAAUCACAAGAGCUAACUAUUUGGCAUCUCCUCCUUUGGUUGUUGCAUUUGCAUUGGCAGGAAGAAUGGAUAUCGAUUUUGAGAGUGAACCCAUCGGAGUUGUGAAUGGUUAAAGUGUAUUUUUGAAAGACAUUUGGCCAACUAGAGAUGAAAUCAAAUAAUUGGAAGAUUAAGUUGUUUAACCAUAAAUGUUCAUUCAAACUUAUUAAUAAAUAAAGUAGGGAACCAAAAAUUGGAAUGAAUUAUAAGUACCAAAGGAUUAACUUUAUUAAUGGGAUCAAUAAUCCACUUAUAUUCAUCAUCCACCAUACUUCCAAGGAUUAAGUUUAGAAUUGCCAGUCAUUAACCCAGUCACUAAUGCUUAUUGUUUGGCUGUAUUUGGAGAUUCCAUUACAACCGAUCACAUUAGUCCAGCUGGUAACAUUUCUGCUAAUAGUCCUGCUGGUAGAUAUCUUAAAGAAAGAGGAGUUGCAUAGAAGGACUUCAAUACAUAUGGUGCAAGAAGAGGAAAUGAUGAAAUUAUGGUCAGAGGGACAUUUGCUAAUGUUAGAAUCAAGAACAAAAUGUUGUAAGGAAAGGAAUGUCCUAAUACAAUUUAUGUGCCAACAGGUGAAGUUGUGGCUAUUUAUGAUGCAGCUGAAAAGUAUCUGCAUUCAAAUCAAUAAACUAUUGUCAUUGGAGGUGCUGAAUAUGGAUCUGGAUCAUCUAGAGAUUGGGCAGCCAAAGGACCUUAUCUUCAAGGAGUCAAGGCUGUCAUUGCUAUUUCUUAUGAAAGAAUCCAUAGAAGCAAUCUUGCUGGAAUGGGAGUCUUACCUCUCGAAUUCACAAAUGGAUAAACUGCUGAAUCUUUGGGAUUGACAGGACACGAACUCUUUACAUUAAAUGUCAAUAAGGACAAUAUUAAAGUAUUUUAUUAUUCUAUUCUAGGUUAAUCAAAUCGUUGAGGUCGUCGUUAAGAAAUCAGAUGACACUACAUUCAAUUUUAACACUCUCUUGAGAUUAGAUACUGAUGUAGAGAUAGAGUAUUAUAAGCAUGGAGGAAUCCUAUAAUAUGUGUUAAGAAAAAUAUUGAAAUGAGUGUAUGGUAUC